GUUGUUGGCUGACUUCCACUUUAACCGAGACAAGAGCAGCAGCGGAGUGUAGUUUUGCAACACGAUGAGAGCUCAACUGACUUGAACACGCUGUAACAGUUGUCAAUAGUUCCUUCAACAAGUUUGAACAAGUGCAGACGAGCUGCGGGACAUCAAGUAAAUACUUCAUUGUCAGUCAGGUCCAACUCCGUCUCAGUGUGUGGCUGACUGUCUCUGUGUGUGUAUCGCUGCGUCUUGACACUUGUGUUGUUGCUCCACCUCCAUCAGUGAACUUAAGUCGCAGAUCAGCAGCGGUGAAGCAGUUUUUCAAGAGGAAGCAGACGUGGUGGGGUGGACCGUGCUAGUGAAGGAGAAGCAGAGAAUCGACGAUGGCGGACAAUAAGAUGGGACCAAACCUCCAGGCUGGGGCUGGAUUCCUCGCAAAACGGGUCCAGAAGUCUUUGAAUAGAGCUCAGGAGAAGGUCCUUCAAAAACUGGGCAAAACCAUGGAGACCAAAGAUGAACAGUUUGAGCAAUGCUGCCAGAGCCUCAACAAACAACAGAUCGAUGGAAGCAGGUUGUUCAAAGAUGUCAAAGCUUACUAUGCAGCAGUAAAAGCUGUGCAUGAGUCGUCCAAACGGCUGUCUCAGACUCUACGAGACAUCUAUGAACCAGACUGGAAUGGAGUGGAAGGCCUUGCAGUCAUCACAGAGAGUGAAGACUUGCUUUGGAACGACUUUGAAGAGAAGCUGAGUGACCAGAUUGUCCGCACAAUGGAGAACUAUACAAGCCAGUUCCCUGAGGUCAAGGAACGAGUAGCUAAACGUGGUCGAAAGCUGGUGGACUACGAUUCAGCACGUCACCACCUGGAGGCGCUACAGAGUGCAAAGAAAAAAGAUGAAGCCAAAAUAGCAAAGGCAGAGGAAGAGUUCAACAAAGCCCAGAAUGUCUUUGAAGAAAUAAAUAAGGAGCUGAGAGAGGAGCUGCCUGUUCUCUAUCAGAGCCGUAUAGGUUGCUAUGUGACGGUGUUUCAAAACAUCUCAAACCUGCGAGAUGUCUUCUAUAAGGAAAUGAGCGGGCUGAACCAUGAGCUUUAUGAUGUGAUGAAGAAACUGGAGACUCAACACUCAGGAAAAGCUUUCAUCAUCAAAGGUCUGAACAGCACAACGACCAAGUCAAAGAAGAGAAAAUCCCUUGUUAUUUCCAACCCCAUCCCUUGCAAUACAGCCUUCCCAGCUGACCACGUCUCCAUCCAUUCCUCCAAUGAAAAUGGAAAAGACGCUGUGCACUCCCCUCCGUCUGAUCGACCUCGGAGCACCUCUGAAGACACCAGCCAAGCAGAAGAAAGCAGCAUUUCAUCCAAAGAUGUCCACUCCUCAGACUCUGAUCUCAGCUCCAGCGGUGCCAACACACCUAAGAGGCAGUCGGUGUGUGACGAGAGCAGCGACAAGAGCACAAGGAGCCAGAGCCCCAAGGAGGCGGAGGCUGCAGCAUCAGAGGCAGAAGCGGACCUCACUGCAGACCACUCUGAUGACUCCGGGGUUGGAGUACCAAAGUCGGAGGCUGCAAGCCAAGAAGUGUGCAACCCCUCUGAUUCUGCUGACAGCGAUGCCCCUCACAGUCCUGAACAGAGGAGUGAGACUGAUCCACCUUCAGAGGAGGCCAAGCAAAAGCCUGGACCAGUUCCUGCACCUCGUCGGUCUUUCCGCUCUGAAGAGAGACACCCACGCUCACCUGCUGAUGAGGAGACGGAAGAAGGAUCAGUCCAACAGGAGGCAGAUGAAUCAGAAGGAGACUGCAGCCCUGAAAAUCCACCAGGAUUCCUGUACAAGGGGGUGGCGUUAGAGAUUCAUGAACCUUCAGAAGAGGGCAUGCUGCAGUUUAACCAAGGAGACAUCAUCCUGGUGCUCUCUGACUCUCAGCAGGACGGCCUGGUGAAGGGGAUUAGGGAGGAGAGCUGGAACCAGCACAGGGAUGUAGAAAAUCACUCUGGGAUCUUUUUGGAAAAACUCAUCUGGCGCAUUAAGACUGAGUGAGGCAAUAGUCCUUCCUCAGCCAGUAAUAUUCUUUCUGCGUCCAUCGAGCUCUCGGUGACUCAGACACCCACACACAGAGGGAGUGGGUGCAGGAGCCGUACAAACAGAUGAUGUGACCGACAAACACGUGGUCGCUCACAUGCUGGGUUGCAACUAGUGGAACAAAAGUGACUCUGAGAACAUUUCGUUUGGAUGAGUAAAUAUAUCAGUAUUUUUCUCUUUUAGAACUUUUUAAGAAGUUGCUGUAAAUCACUGUGAAAAAAAAAUCCUUUUAUACUGAUGCUAUAAUCCUGUGUACAUUUUUCUAAUAAAGUUAUAGAUAAAAUAAAAUGGGAUGUCUUUGUGGAAUGGAAUUCUACAGAUUCCAAGAUGGCAAGGUUCUGUUUACUGCCUUUGAUUAAGUGAAUCCAGAAAUUUUCAAUCCAGGAGUAGAAGAUAAGGCACAAUAAAUCUGAUCUGUGU